AAAAAAAGUGAAGAUCAGCUUUUCCAAUACUUCACACAUAAAAAAAAAAGUUUCAAUGCCUCGUUGUGCGAAGAGUGGCAAAGAAACAACAUUUUUGCGAAAGAUGAGCCCGUGAUUUUGCCACCCUGAAUCGUCUUCAACAAGUAAUAUGUUGCUGAUGAUCCACACUCCCCACUUUUCAUGGGAUUUCGCAUGUUUUUUCGAAAUGUCAACGAAUAUUUUACACCUGAUCUCAGCGUGUGAUCUCACCGUCUCUCCUUCCAGUUUCACCACGAAGAUCAUCCAGGACGGUUGUGUGUCUCACUAAAGUCUCCAUCAGAUAAUUGUUUUUUGACUCAAUUUGUGCUUCAUCUCAAAGACGAAGAACCUCAACACGCCCGCAAAGAUUUUUGGUACAUUUGCUACGCAUAGAAAAGAAAAAUGAUGCAAUACGUCGUUGCGAUAUGCUGCUCUCUGUUUGCACUGCAAGUUGUGGCACAAUUCAAUGAGGCACAGAGAUUUAAUGCUUUUGGAGCCUUCAGGCAGCCACUGCAGCAGACAUCGCAGCCACUACAGCGCUCACAUCAGUGCCCUGAAGCCAAUGGAAGGUAUCCUGUCUCAGGGCAGUGUGAUGCGUACAUUGAGUGCCGCGAUGGGGUGAGUGAGGAGAAGCUCUGCCCCGAUGGGUUGUUGUUCAACGAAAAGGCAGGUGUCUUCACCUAUCCCUGCUCGUAUCCAAUUGACGUGGAAUGCCCCCAAGGGAGGACUUCGCUGCAAGCUGCCCAAUCCACUGAUGAAUGUCCUCAUCAAUUUGGCUAUUACCGCCUUGGAGAUGCAUCGCAUUGUGGGCAGUUUAUGAAUUGUGUCAAUGGGAAGGGAUUUGUGUUUGAUUGUCCCGAAGGAUUAGCAUUCAAUGCUGCAACAUAUCGCUGCGAUUGGGCCGAUCAGGUGCCUGAUUGCGAUGCUGAAGCCUUCCUUGGGUUCACGUGUCCACCGGAAGCUCGUGUUGAGGGUCUCGGGCAGGGUGAGGCACGUUUCUUCCGUUCUCCGCAUGAUUGUCAGAGGUACUUCCUCUGCCUGGAGGGACGUCCACGACUCCACACCUGUGGCGAAGGACAGGCAUUCAAUGAAUUGACCAAUGCAUGCGAUGGGAUUGAAAAUGUAACAUCCUGCUACACUCCACAAUCAAAUUACAGGCAAGCACAGCCAGUUACACUGCCACCACCACCACCACCACCCCCAACUCGUGCCUUCCAAGCAUUCCAGCAGCAACCCUUCCAGCAAAAUCCUUUCCAUCAGCAACGUAGGCCACAACCUCUUGACACACGUGGGUCUUUCCGCUUUUAA